GCUGUAUAUAGACGCUCUGCACCACAGAAACCAACAACCACACACCUUCUCAGCGUCAGCUAGCAUUGCUUGGGUAGUUUUUGCAUCCACGGAGUUGGCCGGAGAUGACGACGAUGUCAGCCAAGUUCCGUUCCAUGGCCGGCAAGAUCGUCCUCGUCCUCGUCCUGGGCGUCCUCCUCCACCCCUUCUCCUCUGCAGCUGGGCGUGUUGCAGGUGCAGGGGAAGAAGCAAUGGCAGCUCUCCAGCCGGAGCUGCCGCAGUGCAACCCCUUGGUGGGGCCGCCGGACAUCUCGCCGGACUGCGACACCUGGUGCUGGUACGGCGGCCACCCGGGAGGCUACGUCAAAGGCGACGUCUGCUGCUGCAACCCCGGCGCCGGCCUAGCUGAUGAUGCUGAUAGCUAAACGAACAAGAUGAUCCAUAAGUAACUACCAACCGUCCGUGCGUGCGUGCUUGCAUGAAGAAAUAAACUACCUUGCUUCGACUCCGGUGUAUGAUAGUGAGUUUCCGUGGGGAAAGGUUACGUUUUCAAUAAAAAUUUUUAUUGUUUAGUACUCUGUUCGUUUCUUUCACGAUGUCUACCUGUAACCACUCUAUUUUAGUGUAUUUAGUGCAUUAUAUGUGAUAUCUGCCUAUAACCGUUCAGUCUUUCCAUUUA